CUCACGGCCUAUUUUUUUCUGUCAAUUUAAAAAAGAUUUGUCUAACAGAUGUAACAAAAGUAACAUUGGAGUCUCUAAUCUGAAAGUAAUUUUUUCAAAAAGUAACAAAAAAUGAAUUUUGCAUUUUUUUUCGUGCUGUUCAUUUUUGGCGCCGCCACCCUGGUUGGGUUGGGUAUAAUCCUCUCUCACGUGAUGACAGGAAUAGGUGAACGCUUGGGCCUGGGCUGGUUUCUAUACACCUCGGACCCCUUUCUGUGGUGCGGGCUGGGAAUCUUUCUAGCCUGUUCCCUUUCGGUUCUGGGCGCUGCCAUCGGGAUUUACAUGAUUGGAUGCAGUGUGGCAGGAGGUGGCGUGCGAUCCCCCCGGAUCAAAACCAAGAACCUGAUAUCUGUCAUUUUCUGCGAAGCGGUAGCCAUAUACGGUUUGAUCACAGCCAUCCUGCUAUCCGGCAUUGUUCAGAACUUCAGCAAUGCGCUGAUGAUGACCGACAGGACAGUGAUUUCGAAUAACAUGUUCACAGGCUUUGCUGUUUUUGGAGCCGGUCUGUGCGUGGGUCUUGUGAACGUGGUGUGUGGCAUUGCUGUGGGCGUCGUGGGUUCCGGCGCUGCCCUAGCGGAUGCGGCCAACUCUGCGCUCUUCGUCAAGAUCCUCAUUGUGGAGAUCUUCGGUUCGGCCAUCGGCCUGUUUGGACUGAUCGUGGCCAUAUACAUGACCUCAAAGGCGGUGAUUUUCACGUAG